GGGAAAUCCUCGCACACGUACAAGAAAGUUGCCGAGACUGGAUACCGAGUGGAGGAUGUUCACGCUCGCUGUUUCCAGCUGUUCGUAAGUGACUAUGAAUACUUGACUUCCUUCAUGCCCAUCAGCCUUUCGAGGGGUACGAUCUUGCGGAGCGUGAUUGAGAGUCUAACUGGUCCUAGGACGAGGUCAUUAAGUACCAUCGUGGUGGAAAUGGCAACGGCAUCAUCAUCCCCGACGACUUGGUCAAGGCGAGCAAGGAGGACACAGACCUUAUGUGUUCCCGUCGUCUCGAGGAAAUCGUGAAUGCCAUGGUGGAAAUGAAGGCGACGUGCAAGGAUAUCAUGGACGGGUACAAGAUCCCACUGAUUGUCCAAGGCCCGAUUGGAUAUCUAAAGGCCAAGUUGCAGAACGCGCAAGGAAACAAGAAGAAAGCGUGGAUCCUACAAGCCGGGACUGCUGUCGCCGGCGUUACGAAUGGGAGGAAGAGGGGCGGCUCUCAGAGGGCCACUUCAAGCAACAGCCCUGCUCCCUCCCAACCAGCGCUGGCGGGCUGUUCUCCGCAGACUGCAUCUCCCUUCACCAACGGCGGCCCUGCUGACUCCACCAGCUACCCCAACACUCUGAAACGGAAUCGGUCGACAUCCGUUGAUGAGGAGCCAGUUGGUCGACAUGUGCCGCGCCCGAGGAAUGACCCGCUGUCUAGCUAUCAGCCCGGCUUCCAGUCCCUGCCACCAGCGUACCAAAGGCUCCAUACAGCGAGCGAUAGUAACGCGGCUCCGCAAUUCUCCGCCUACUCCUGGGGCCUCCCACCCCUGCCACCUCAAGGACAUUCGAACACCACUGCGGCUCAGCAAGGCUUCGACAGUUUCACCAGAGCCAGCCAACAAGGGUCGCAGCCGAUGUACGGCAACGGGAAUGGCGGCGCUGGUCGGGCUCAGUCCCAGUACCAAUAUCCGGGAGGGUACGCCAGCAACUCUCCUUACCCGCCGCACAACGAUGACGAUCAGUAGCAUGCUCCACCAUGCAGCAUGAUCCGUUUGGCCGGAGUUGAUCUCUUCUUGCAUUCAUAACGCGCUUGUACGAAUAUAUCGGCGUUAUUGUUUUUUUCUUUGGAGUUCUUCAUUGUGAUUGAGGUGGAGAAGAGACCCGAGAGACUCCUGCAGUGACGUGGGAAACCACUGUGCAGGAGAGGAGGACUCGGUGUCCAUAGGCGCCCAAUUAUCCACAGUCGAAGAGGCUGUAGCAGGGAGUGAACCUAGAGGAUACGGCAUUAUAUGUUUUUGUUUCAUUGCACUCUCUGUAUAAAUAGAAACUGAAUUCGACUAUCUCUAUCCAU